AUGGCUGCUCUACUCUGUGAGAAUUGCUCUAGUCGGUACCACCAGCCCCAGCUCAACCAGCCCCUGGAGAUCAGCCUCAUGCUGCUUCUGGUCAUGUUUGGAAAAGUGUGCCUGGAUUUCUUCAUGCUGCAAGUUAAGCACAAGAAAGUGAAAGUUAGUUUUAUGGGAUAUUUUUGUGUCUCUUUGGCACUUCUUGAUUUCAUACUGCUGCUGAACAUAGCUGUCAUCCUCUAUUUGGAGGAUUUUGCACUCUGGGGUGUCAGAUUUACCAAGUACCACAUCUGCCUGUUCACUCAGAUCAUUUCUCUCACUUACGGUACUUUGCAUUACCCGGUGUAUCUCGUGGCAGGUCUGGAUUACUACAUGACUAUAGCCCAAACCUCUCAAUUCCCCCGAAGAGGUCGAAGACUAUUUUACAUCUUUGUUGUGGUUUUCAUAUGGAUCUCAGGCUUUUUUUGUGUUCUGCAAGUUCCUGCCAUCUAUGAAGAACUAGAAGUUCGGAACCAUUUCUCUCCUUAUCAGUGUCCCCUCUACAUCAGCGUGCAGAGCUACUCGGUCUCAGUUGCCAUGCUGGUUCUCAUAGGCAUGGCUCUCGUGGUUUGCUGGAAGGAAAUGAUCACCAUGCUGCUGUCUGUGAGGGUGGCCUCCUUUGCCAGCCAGCCCGUCCUGCUGUUCUCCUAUGUGCCCAACGACAACAGCACUUGUUUCAAGCGGCAGCUUCUGACCAGACUCCUCAUCUGCUUCCUUGGCACUUGGGCACCUUUUGUUCUUCUCCAGUUUAUCAUCUUGUUUCUUGGUGCUUGGAUUCCAGCCUACAUGGAGAUGAACGUCCCUUGGCUGUACUUCAUCAACAGCUUUCUUAUUGCAGUAGCAUACUGGUGUCGAUGUCACGACGUUGAAUUGACAGAGGAGAUGUGGUCUACAGAUCCAUUUGUCAGCUGGAAAUUCUGCUUUAUGCCAUUUAACAAUGAAAACACAGAGCCAGCUGAAAAGCCAGGCACAGUAAUUGUAAUCUGUUAACGAGCUGCUGACUGAAAAGACUGCUAGGGCUGUGUGUACUUUGAUGCUCUGUGACCAUGUCCUUACAGAUAAUACAAGGAAGCAUCUCCAGAGCUACAAUCCACAGGAAGAAAAUCCAACAUUCAUGAGUACAGUAAGGAACAGUGCACCAGAAUGUGCCACACUUCUACACUGGGCUUUAUUUCCAUUUCAGAGUAUUUAAGAGAAGGCCACUAUUUACAUAAAAUAAGUUCUUGGUUAAAAGUGGUGUUUAUUACUACAAUUUUACAAUUGUUUUAAAAUUGAAUGGUCUCAGGCUUUAUAGUAUAAAACGCAUCAGCCUUUAAUGGGCUGAAGCCUUUUAUUAUCAGUUACAUCAAGGUGACCUACUGUCAAGUUCAAACUGCUGUGGUUUUUGUUGCUUUUUUUUUUUAAGUGUAUUUUCUUGUUGAACAUUUUGUUAGUUCAAGGUUUUUGCGUGGUUAAUGAGGAACACAUUGUUUUAGUUAAAGCUAUACCUCCUUCAGAACUAUAAACUUUGUUUACGGAAACGAUUGCGAGAUGUAUACUGGCACAGCUAUGAGAAAGGCAGUGCUUUGUUAUUUCCUUGUUACUGUUCCUGUAAGGUAUGUAUGUGCACAUUAAAAACUACUGAAUUACAGUCACAGCAAUAAGAGCUUUAAUACAAAAGAAAAACAAACAUGCUUAAUAUGAACAGUUGGACCCUGUGCUAAGCAGAUGCAUCUACUCUUACAAGGUUACGUGAGUACAUGCCAAAGGAUGGGUUGGACUAGAACAGAAUCUGUGUUGGAGCCAAAGUCACACUGACAUUAAAGUAGUUCAAUUUGCUAAAGCGUGCCUAAUGCAGUAAGGGAAAACCUGCUCAGACUUCCAAACUACUUCAAUGAUUUUCAAGUUCUUGAGGAAGCUCUCAGAUUUACAGGGGAUUGAUAAAUAAGUGAUCCACAACCCAAGCAGACAAAUGGAAGUAGUAUUUAUUUCUGAAGCACUGAACUCACAGUACAAUAUUGUAUUGAAGUAGAAACUAUAAGUAAAUUAUGUUGUAGGUUGGUUAAUCAUUCACUCAGACCCACAGGGAACAAUGGUAUCACAUAAGAAUACUAAAGAAAAAUCUGCAGAUAACCAAAGGUGCAAUUACAAGCAAAUUUAAGCAGCAAGUAUAAGGUGCUUUGUUUCAGCAUUUGUAUAGUCAGUUUCAACAUUGACAGAUUAAAGAAAUCUCACUUCUACUGAUGAUAACAAAUGGGAGAAUCUAAAAUUCAUUCACGUGCUAAUUGCUAAUAAGAAAGUGCUUUAAAAAUGAUUCACAAGGUGAAGAUCAUCUGUUUUACAUAGUUCACUGUGCUCUUCAACUGUAGAAUUUAAUUUUGGGGCUACCAGUUACACUAUUAUGUAUUAAUUAUAGACAGGAUUUAAUUGCAAGAUUUAGUGAUACAUCAGCAAUACAUGUGCUAGAAAUUAUUAUAAAGCAAUAUUCUAGUAUAUCACUCCAUGAUAGGAAUUCACAAUCAAAUAUCAUCUAUUAAAGCUUAUAUUUCUGCAAUGUAUCAAAGUCCAAUUUUCAUUUUACUGCUUUACCCCACACAGUGCUUCUUGCACCAUUCUCUAGGGCUCAGCUUCUUUGAGGUUUCAGUGACCAAAAGGACAGCAUUUUUAAAGCAGCAGAAAAUGGUUUCUGGAAAAUCCAUUAAAAAGGCCAUAAAAAAAAAAAAAAAAAACAGUAAAGGAUAAAAACCUAAGUUUUAAAACUAAACUUAUUACUAUGUGUAAUAAGAGGCAGCAAUGUUUGCAGCAAAGUUUGAGGAGUUUGGCAUUACAAAGUGUUUCAUCACUUAUGCAGGAUGAUGUAUUUGGAGGAAAUUCUAUUUCCACCUUAGAAGUAGGGAAGCAUGUAAAAUAAAACAGCCUUAAGGAAUCAUUCCCUGCCCCCAGUUCCCAGUCACUUCUAGGCAGCGUUUGACGUGCUGUAGGAUAGAUAAAGUAUGUCUAAAGGUAUCUUCCAGGUUUUACAUCACCUGGACACCCACUGAGAGGGACUUGACCAAGUACCAACAAAACCCAGCUCCAAAUGUAGUUAUGCACCAGGCAUUUCAGAAGGUCAUGAAGUAACUUAUUUGUACCAACUCAGCCAGCAAGGGAAAGUAUCUCAUUUUAGAUUCACUUAAAGCCAGACGAAGGCAAGAUUAUUUCAGUAACGUGCAUUUCAGAUCCCUUUUGUGUGGUUAGUCUCACCCUUCUGAUCCACCAAUGCAGACAGAACUGGAAUUGCAAGAAGCUGGGUAAGGUUCAGACGUGUUUAUCAGAUUCUCAACUUGUAAUUAACAUUUACACGUCUUCAUCUAUUCUGAUGCUGCAGAAUUCCCUCAGUUGCUGCACUGCUUCUAAAGCCAUUUAAAGUUUUUAAGACUGUAUUUUUACAGGGAAACCACAACAGGCAGGCAGAUCAGUUAUUAAUGUACUGAUGUUACAUAAAUGAGUUACCAAAGAACUCUUUCAUACUCUUUGAGAGGAAAAAGUCAAAGAGGGUCAACCUGCAGGCUGCCAUUCAUAGCCACCACGUAGGUAACAGCAGCACUGCAGGUCUACACAUAGAGCCCAACUGUGGUGUCUAAGCUUCCUGACGAGUAACUGACUUAAAACAGAUGUACAGCAUCUCAUUUUAAGCCCAUUUUUAUCUUUGACAUUUUAUGCAGGGAAAUACCUGAUCC